UUUUAGAAAUGAAAUGAUUUUGCUAUGAGCUCAAACAAAACCACUGGUGGUAUAAAAAGAGAAAUGUAUGAAUACAGCGACAAUAAGGAGCCUUCUUCAAGUCUUAGCCCAAAAAAAGAGGAAUAAUUUACUCAAAAUUUUCAAAAUGCUCUUAUUUUCAUUUUCUGACAACCUGCAGCCAGUACCAAUCUCCUUGCUACAAUUCUGCAUUGCUCUAGAUACUCUAUCCUGCCCCUCAAGCCCUUCUUUAAGGUAAAAAAUUCUUUCUUUCAGUUGUUCUAAUUCUACCUCGAAUCUCACCAAUGCAUGUAGAAAUUCUACCUAUUUUAGAAAGAAUAAAAAACCGUGAAGGAAUUUUAUGUUUAAUGGGUUUUUAAUUAUUUGAGAUUUUUAUGAUUUUUAAGGAUUUUUACUUUGAAGUGGGUUUUGGGAAUUUUAGGGAUUCGGUGAUUUUUGAGGAUUUUGAGGGAGAUUGAGGAAAGCCGUUUUUUGGGAGUUGGAAAUGGAUUUUGGUUGGAUAUGAGGAGUUUGGAUUGGAAAUGGUGUUAUUUUUGAGAGGAAGGAGAUAGAGAUCAUUUUUGUGUGGUUUGUGUUUUAGGGCUAGAUAUGAUUUUUUGAGAUUAAUUUGAAGCAAAUAAAGCUUUAUCGGUUAAUGAGGUAUCGAUAAGAGCAGUAUUGGUGAAAUUUAACCAUAGCUUUCUGUCCAAAAUCGAAAUUCAUUACUUCUUCAAGGCUAGAAAUCUUGAAUCUCAAAAAAUAUCAAAUGUAAGAUUUUAUGAAGGAAAUUUUUUGACUCCUAUUAGGUUGUAAAAAGCAAUCUACAUCUCUAUUCAUACAAACUCCCCCUAGAAUCCUUUCAUCCCCCUCCUCUUGCUCUUAUUCCCAUCUCUAAUCCUUUUCUGCUUCUUCCUCGAAACAUCUCUCCUUUAGCUGUUCAUGACCUUUUAUCCUAGACCCAAGUAAUUCCCGGACUCUUGGCCAUGACUCAGUUCAAAUCUCAAUUUUGUAUGAAACCUAGUGCAAAAUUUUUACGAAUUCGUAAAAAUCUGACUUUGAAUGAGGCAAAGUUUUUAUUCAUUAAAUUUGACAUCGCAAAGAAGUGUAAAGGGGUAAAAGGUUAUGUACAGGUUUUUAUGAUUUAUAAAAUUCA